AUGUAUGCCGAUAUGAUUUGUGAUGUUAUGCCACCAAUACCUGAAGAUGGUGGUGGCAAUGGUACCAAUCCGGAAGGUACUGGAUCAGAUAAUGGUGAAGAAGCUGAAGCUAAUAUUGAACAGUUAAUGGUAUCAAUGCUUGAAGAACGUGACAAACUACAAGAAAAAUUACGUGAAACAGAAGAAACAUUAAAUACAUCACAACAAAAACUAACUGAAGUUGAAAAAGAACGUGACAUUUUAUUGCGUCAAUUAUCACUUAAUGCUCCACAGGUUUGUAUUGAUCAUACAAUUUGUUAA